GUCAAAUACGUCAGACGUCAAAUGUCAAGUGAUCACCUUAGCGAGAGACUUGACGUGUUAUUUACUUUUAAACACAAAAAUCCCAUUGCCGAUGAUAUUUUUCUAAUAUAACCGUGAUAAUAAUAUAUAACCUGGAAGAUGUGGGAAAUUAUAAUUCUUUUAAUAUUAUCGGCGAUAGCCUACUUUAUAACAGAUGAAUUAAUACCUAAUCUUACAGACCUGUUCGUUAAAGCCGGUCUGUUUGGAAUUGAUUUGUGUAAAACUAGUAAGAAGAAAAUUCCAGAAGCCAUAGGUGUUGUAUCUGGUUGCGUCUUCUUAAUAACAAGUUUUCUAUUUAUACCCAUUGUGUUUGGCAAUGGCUUAAUGGACACACAACACUUUCCUCACAAUGAAUUUGCCGAAGUACUGGCUGGUUUGUUGUCCAUCUGUUGCAUGCUGCUCCUUGGGUUUGCUGAUGAUGUUUUAGACUUGAGAUGGAGAUACAAACUGUUGCUGCCAACAGUGGCAUCACUACCUUUGCUUGUAGUGUAUUAUGUCAACUUCAACUCAACUACUUUUGUGGUUCCAAUUCCACUGAGACAGUGGUUGGGAGUUUCCAUCAAUAUUGGUAUACUCUAUUAUGUCUACAUGGGAAUGUUGGCUGUUUUCUGCACAAAUGCCAUAAACAUACUGGCUGGUGUCAAUGGACUUGAAGUUGGGCAGUCUGUUAUUAUAGCAUUAUCAAUAAUUCUUUUUGAUAUAAUUGAACUGAGAGGAGAUCAGUUUAAAGCUCACACAUUCUCUUUGCAUGUAAUGAUUCCCUACCUGGCUACAACAUUAGCACUGUUAAAACAUAAUUGGUAUCCUUCCAAGGUGUUUGUGGGAGAUACAUUUUGUUACGUUUCUGGAAUGACAUUUGCAGUUGUAGCUAUAUUAAGUCACUUCAGUAAGACAGUUUUACUGUUCUUUUUACCACAAAUUAUAAACUUUCUAUACUCAGUGCCUCAACUAUUCCACAUUAUUCCAUGCCCAAGGCAUCGCUUACCAAAAUAUAGUGAGGAGACUGAUUUACUUCAUGCAAGCAGAACAAUAAUAAUAAAGAAAGAAAUGACUGCACUUACUAAAUUAAUACUUCAAGUUUUAACUAUGUUACGUCUAAUUGAUAAGAUUGAAGAGGAAGAAAGUAUAACUAUAAACAAUAUGACACUUAUUAAUUUAUUUUUAAUAAAAUUAGGGCCAACACCUGAAGUUCUAUUAACCAAAAAGCUUAUGAUGUUUCAAGGCUUUUGUACAGUUGUAGCUUUCAUUAUAAGAUAUCCAUUAGCAUCAUAUUUUUAUGAUAGUUAAAAGUCGAUCAAAGUAAUAUAAGUUUAAUUAAGCACAUGACAUAUUGUGACCUUAGUUCUGGUAAUUACCAGGGCACCAUCACUGGGCUGUAGUAAUAAGUGCUUACGAUUUACGUUAACAUUUCGAAUUUCGAUUUUGACGUUAAAUGAGGUCUAUACCUAAAACUAGUUUAUCCAUUUGAAUCGAGAAAUUGGCCCGCGCGUUUAGGGUAUUAUUAAGAGUUUUAUUAAUGUACUAAAAAUUGAAAUUAAAACUAAAAACUUAUUAAUUUAGCAAAAUGUGAAGCUCAAAAUUUUAUUAUUUCAAGGUUUUUAUUCAGUGCCUAUCUACUUAUUGACCGUGUACACACAUAUCGAAUAUAAGAUAUAAUAUGUAGUGUCGUGUACUACUAAUAGUAAUAGUACUAGUACUACAGUACUACUAGUAGUAGUAGUACUACUACUACUACUGUAGUAGGUACUAUUAUCAUCAACUAAAAUAAGACUAAACUAGUAGAGGGUAAGAUAGUAAACAAUAAGCCUAGCGCCAUAGCUAUUAUUUCGCACCGCGUCAGGCACACAAGCGAAUAAUUCGACAGGUAAUUGAGCGCGUGAGCGAGCUAAAUUGCACUAUGUUGCUUAGUAAAAACAAUCGCUAUUUUAGUGAGUUGUGGUGCUUCUGUAGUAUUGAUCCAAUUACUAACUUCAGCGAAAAUUUAAUUAUUUUUCGCCAUCCUAAAGCGCGGUAUGCCGAUUCCGGUCAAACGAUAAUGUUAGGUAUUAUAAUCGACUGGUGCUCAAUCGUUAGGUACUGGUAAAUGUAAAUAAGAGCAUUGUAAAUUAAUAUCUGCUGAUAUGAGACAGUCUUAAGUUCUUCUACAUACAUACCCGUUAUCUCCUUUAUUUUAUGCACCACUGCCUACCACUUUCGGGGAUUAUAAGGCAUAAUUUUAUGUUGAAUAUUAAGUAGCUCAUUUAUUUCCACUUUAAUAUAAUUUUGUAGGUGUGGGAUUGACUAUGAAUGUACCUACAAUAUUUAAAAUGUAAUGCCGAAUAUGCUGAUAAAUACAGGGUCAUGGAGUACCUAUUUACCUACAUAUUUCGCAUAAUCGAUAAGCAGGCAAUAAUUAAAUCCCAAUAUUGUAAUCAACAUUUUAUUUUAGAGGAUGUUUUAUAUAAGAGGAUAGCCAAAGAUAAAAAUGAAUGUGAUAAAAAUAAUAAGUUUUUACGUUGUAAACAAUUUCAUUGCUAAACUCAUUCAUUGCUCUUUGUCUAAUAUUGGUACAUAGUUUUAUUUAGUUUCUUAAACAUAGUAAUGGCUGUUAAUAUUUUUAUAUGUUGUUUAUUAAAUGUAUGUACCCAUACAAUAAAGAGGAAUAACAAAA